ACACUGAACUACCAUAUAUAUGUGUGUAUAUAUGAUCCUCUCUAAAGUCUCCUCCAUUCUUCUCGCUAGUCUCCGCGAUUCGUUCCUCAUCAUUUCUUGUCUGAAUCUCUCUCUCUAUAUACUUUCUCUCUCUAUUUCAUAGCCUCUUUUUUCUCUGAUUGAUCCCGGUUCAAAUCCAAGUCUCAAGCUGGUUUGACAUGGCUACAUAUACCCCCAAGAAUAUCCUCAUUACUGGGGCUGCUGGAUUCAUUGCAUCUCAUGUUGCUAACCGGCUCAUCCGGAGUUACCCUGACUACAAGAUUGUUGUGCUGGACAAGCUUGAUUACUGUUCCAAUUUUAAGAACCUCCUUCCCUCUCGAUCGUCUCCCAAUUUUAAGUUUGUCAAGGGAGACAUUGGCAGCGCUGACCUCGUCAAUUUCCUCCUCAUCACUGAAUCUAUUGACACAAUUAUGCACUUUGCAGCCCAGACUCAUGUUGAUAACUCCUUCGGUAAUAGCUUUGAGUUUACCAAGAACAACAUUUAUGGCACCCACGUCCUUCUAGAGGCCUGCAAAGUUACUGGCCAAAUAAGAAGAUUCAUCCAUGUAAGCACAGACGAGGUCUAUGGGGAGACGGAUGAGGAUGCUGUUGUAGGAAACCACGAAGCUUCUCAACUCCUUCCUACAAACCCAUAUUCGGCCACAAAAGCUGGGGCAGAGAUGCUUGUCAUGGCUUACGGUAGGUCAUAUGGUCUACCUGUGAUAACCACUCGCGGAAACAAUGUCUAUGGCCCCAAUCAGUUUCCUGAAAAAUUAAUCCCAAAGUUCAUCCUCUUAGCUAUGAGAGGGAAGCCUCUUCCGAUUCAUGGUGAUGGUUCUAAUGUUCGGAGUUAUCUCUAUUGUGAGGAUGUUGCUGAGGCUUUUGAACUCAUUCUUCAUAAGGGAGAAGUUGGUCAUGUUUACAAUAUUGGGACUAAGAAGGAGAGAAGGGUGAUUGAUGUUGCCAAAGAUAUAUGCAAACUCUUUUCAAUGGACGCAGAAAGAAGCAUUGAGUUUGUGGACAACAGACCAUUCAAUGACCAGAGAUACUUUUUAGAUGAUCAGAAGUUGACAAUCUUAGGAUGGUCAGAACGGACUACGUGGGAAGAGGGUUUGAAAAAGACUAUCGAAUGGUAUACAAACAACCCUGAUUGGUGGGGGGAUGUCUCUGGAGCGUUACUUCCUCAUCCUAAAAUGCUUAUGAUGCCGGGUGGGAUCGAGAGAUAUUUUGAUGGGUCUGAAAAAUGCAAUGAUGGAUCCUUUCAUCUUUCAAGUAAUUCUAAUCAGACUCAUAUGGUUGUUCCAGUUUCCAAAUGCAGCAGCUCUCCUCGGAAACCACCAUUGAAAUUUUUAAUCUAUGGUAGGACCGGAUGGAUUGGUGGUCUGCUUGGGAAAUUAUGUGAAAAACAAGGUAUUCCAUUUGAAUACGGAAAGGGGCGUCUAGAGGAUAGGUCACAGCUCUUGACAGAUAUUCGUACUGUGAAGCCAAGUCAUGUUUUCAAUGCUGCUGGUGUGACUGGCAGACCUAACGUUGAUUGGUGUGAAAGUCACAAAACGGAAACAAUCCGCACCAACGUUGCUGGUACAUUAAACUUAGCAGAUGUUUGCAGAGAGCAUGGACUUCUAAUGAUGAAUUUUGCUACUGGAUGCAUAUUUGAAUAUGACGCUGCUCAUCCAGAAGGUUCUGGCAUUGGGUACAAGGAGGAAGACAAACCCAAUUUCACUGGUUCUUUCUACUCCAAGACCAAGGCCAUGGUUGAGGAGCUCUUGAAAGAAUAUGACAAUGUUUGCACCCUCAGAGUCCGGAUGCCUAUCUCUUCAGACCUCAACAACCCGCGCAAUUUCAUUACCAAGAUUUCUCGUUAUAAUAAAGUGGUUAACAUUCCAAACAGCAUGACCAUCUUGGAUGAACUUCUUCCCAUUUCAAUUGAGAUGGCGAAGCGAAACCUCAAGGGCAUAUGGAACUUCACCAAUCCCGGGGUUGUGAGCCACAAUGAGAUUCUGGAGAUGUACAAGAAGUACAUAGACAGCAAUUUCAAGUGGGCCAACUUCACUCUAGAAGAGCAAGCCAAGGUGAUCGUUGCCCCUCGAAGCAACAAUGAGAUGGAUGCAUCCAAGUUGAAGAAGGAAUUCCCCGAGUUGCUAUCGAUCAAGGAGUCACUGAUCAAGUUUGUGUUUGAACCCAACAAGAAAACUUCUACAAAGUAAGCAUAAGCAUUGCAUAUUAAUGUUUUACAGUACUAGACAUUAGGGCUGACUCUGCAUUUUGCAUUAGACAAUAUGGUUUUGGGCUACCUUAAUAGCGUCAGUCAUAUGAAGCUUAUUCAUUCUUAUUAGCUUCAGCUCAUUGUUGCUGCUGUUCUAGUUGUAGAAUCUAGAUAGUGAGUGAUCAGGAUGGCUGAAGGCAGCGUUUCUUUCUAUUUUUUCAGUUAUACCUUAAUUUUCUUGGCGUUCCUUUUACAAGGAACUUAUGAAUAGGCUCUAUAUGUUUGUUGUCACGGAACCUUGGAGGAGUGUAAUAUUUGGAUUCUACUAUUAUGAAUUUGUUUGUUGUUUUAA